CGUGAACCAACACCACUACCUGCGUUCCACCCAUAGGUGGGUCUAUAGUUAAAACCACUGACAAAUAUUACACCUUCCAUUUUCACUUACCACACAAGCAAUUGCUGCUUUCGGGAGCCUCGGUCGGUCAGUGCACAAUGAGCUUGAACGUCCCAGGGUUGGUGGUUAUGGUGCUGUUUUACCUGCUGGUGCUGGGCACCGGCAUCUGGGCCUCCAAGAAGUCCAAGCAGGUGAAGCACAGCAACCCAGCAGAGCAGACGGAGAUUACUCUGCUGGGGAACAGAGGGAUCAGCCUGGUGGUAGGGGUCUUCACCAUGACAGCUACAUUUGUUGGAGGGGGCUUCAUCGUUGGCCUGACAGAGUUAGUGUACACUCCAACAAUGGGACUGAUCUGGGGUGUCAUGCCUGUCACAGCAGCCUUGUCUUUCGUUGUUGGUGGACUCUUCUUUGCCAAGACAAUGAGAGACAGAAAAUACAUGACAAUGAUGGACCCGUUCCAGAUCAAGUAUGGAAAUGUAAUAUGUGGAAUUCUGUCUGUGGCACUGCUGAUAACUGAAACAAUCUGGGUAACAGCAACUCUAAUUGGCUUAGGUGCAACAAUGAGCGUGAUCCUGGAUUUGCCCUACUCUCUUUGCAUUUGGAUCUCUGCCGCAGUAGCUAUCGUCUACACGCUGCUGGGAGGUCUCUACUCUGUGGCCUAUACGGACAUCAUACAGCUAACCCUCAUAUUCUGCAGUUUGUGGUUAUGUGUCCCCUUUAUUCUGAUGAACCCGCAUUCAGCUGACAUCACCAAGACUGCUUUCAACUUCACCUACCAGGCACCGUGGAUCGGUUCUGUGGAUAAAGAAAGAGCAUGGAGGUGGAUUGAUAAUUUCUUAUUAUUGAGUCUUGGUAACCUGGGAUGUCAGGACUUUCACCAGAGGACCCUGUCGGCUUUUUCCUCUGCCACAGCCAGGAUCACCUGCUUUAUUGCUGCUCCCUUCAUCCUCCUCCUCGGGGUCCCGUCAGUGCUGAUUGGCGCAGUUGCGGCAUCAACAGACUGGAAUAUGACCACAUAUGGCUCCCCGUCCCCUUACGAACGUGGAGAGGCCAGUCAGGUUCUGCCCAUUACUCUGGAACAACUUGCCCCACCAUACAUCUCCAUCAUUGGUAUUGGAGCUGUAGCUGCUGCUGUGAUGUCAUCAACAGACUCAGCUUUACUGUCGACUGCCUCCAUCUUCACCUCCAAUAUCUACAAGAACAUCCUGAGGACUGAGGUAGAAGGAAACUGGAGGGGAAGAACAGGUCUGUGGUUGUUACUUUUUGUGUUUCACCUCCUAGGCUUUUUUUUCCUGCAGGCCUCAGUCAGGGAGCUCCAGUGGGUGAUCUGUGUCACUGUGGUGUUAACGGGUUUGGUUGGCACAUCGCUGACCUUCCUACAGAACAGCAUCAUGGUUUUCUGGAUCCUGGGCUCUGACAUAACCUACACCUUCAUGUUCCCUCAACUCGUCUGCGUCCUCUUCUUUAACAUCUCCAAUGGUUAUGGCUCCGUCAUGGGCUUGCUAGUUGGAGUGUUAUUGAGAGUGCUGAGCGGUGAGCCAUCCAUAGGGUUGCCCGUCAUUCUCCAAUUCCCCGGCUGCUCUCUUGAGGACGGCGUGUAUGUCCAGCACUCUCCUGUGAGGACUAUUUGCAUGUUGUCCAAUGGCUUUGUGACUUUGUUGUUCUCUUACCUGGCUUUUGUGCUCUUCAGUAAAGGAGUGAUUCCUGAGAGGUGGGACGUAUUUAAAGUGAAAACCCAUAUACCACCACCAAACCUAAUACUAAUGAGCAAGGGCACCACAAAAACACACGAGAACGAGGAACCUGAAGUUAGGGAUGAGAAUGAAUUAAUGUUGACCACAAAUCAGCAGGACUGAAAGCAGAAUGGCUUAAUGGGUUAGGUUAGUUAGAUUAUCAUGUGUUGAUCUUUGUUAAAAAAAAAAAAUCUUUAUGGUAUUCAUUCAUUAAGAAUUAAUUCAUUGUGUGUGUGUGUGGGGGGGGGUGUCUGGUUAAUAAAGAGAAUAAAUUGGAAUUUGUUGUAUUA